AUGAAUUUCUGUUUCACUACUAUUAGAAGCUUUCCUAAGCUUUGGAAAAACAACCCAUAUCUUGGAGUCGGCCCAGGACACUCUUACAACUCUUUCUUUCUGAAAGAUGGUUAUGGCAUCAGGAACCAACAGAAGUUGUUUUCUCUUAAAACAGUGUCUCCACAAAAUACCAAAGCAGUAAACCUGACUGCCAAGGCCAGAUAUCGCAGAAAGGAAGAUGAGGGCAGUAAUAAAGUUUCUUCUGAGUUUCCUCACCUUUUUGCAGCUGGAGCAGCUAAGAAAAGAUCUCAAAUGAAUCCUCAUAAUCAAGAUCUUGCCUUGUCACCUGAGAGAAACAUUAUUCAGCUCCCAACCAAACCUUUGAAUUCAGAGCAGUGGGAUAAACUUAAAGAAGAUUUCAAAGGAAAAGCUAAUUUUGAAGAUUGGAUCAUUUUACAGAUGAUUAACUGCAAUAGCUCUAUAGAUGUGGCCAAAUCUUUGCUGGCCUGGGUAGCUGCAAAAAAUAAUGGUAUUGUAAGCUAUAAUUUGCUGGUCAAGUAUUUGUGUCUCUGUGUCUUUCAUAAGCAGACAUCAGAAGUUUUUGAUGUCUAUGAAAUCUUAAAAGCCAGAUACAAGACUUUAGAAACUUCAGCAAGCACUCUGCUCAUCCGAGGAUUAAUCCAUUCAGACAGAUGGAGAGAGGCUUUGCUGCUGUUAGAAGACAUCAAAAAAGUCAUGACCCCUUCAAAAAAGAAUUACGGUGACUGUAUCCAGGGAGCUCUCCUUCAUCAAGAUGUAGACAUAGCUUGGAAUUUGUUUCAGGAAUUGUUAGAUCAUGAUCUUAUUCCUAUGAUGGAAACUUUGAAAGCCUUCUUUGAUUUUGGAAAAGACAUAAAAGAUGAUCAAUAUUCAAAGAAACUGCUAGACAUUCUUUUGUAUCUAAGAAAUAAUCAGCUAUAUCCCGGGGAAUCAUUUGCACACAGUAUAAAAACAUGGUUUGAGAGUGUUCCUGGAGAACAAUGGAAAGGACAAUUUACCACAAUCCAGAAAAAUGGUCAAUGUUUGGGCUGUGGAAAAACCUUAGAGUCUAUUCACUUGAGUGCAGAAGAAUAUGAGCUCCUCAAGAGAAAAAUCCUGAGCGAUGUGAUAGAUGGAGGUGACCAAUACAAAAAGACAACACCUCAGGAACUAAAGAGAUUUCAGAACUUUGUGGAACAUUGUCCUCCUUUUGAUGUCGUCGUUGAUGGGCUCAAUGUUGCCAAGAUGUUUCCUAAAGUUCGUGAGUCUCAAGUUCUCUUGAAAGUAGUCUCUCAGCUAGCCAAGGCUAAUCUUCGAGUGUUGGUCCUGGGCCGGAAACAUAUGACAGUACAGAGUGCUCGGUGGAGAAAGGAUGAGAUGGAAAAGGUGCAAAAGCAAGCCAGCUGUUUCUUUGCUGACAACAUCUCAGAGGAUGAUCCGUUCCUUCUGUAUGCCACACUGAACUCAGGGAAUCACUGCAAGUUUAUCACAAAAGAUCUGCUGCGGGACCAUAAGGCCUGUCUACCUGAUGCCAAGACCCAACGCCUGUUCUUUAAGUGGCAGCAGGGACAUCAGCUGGCAAUUAUUAAUAGGUUUCUAGGAUCAAAAAUAAUUUUUCAGCAUAUUCCCAGCUAUGACACAGUGGUGCAAACAACUGGAGACUCGUGGCACAUACCAUAUGAUGAAGACCUGGUGGAAAGAUAUUCUUAUGAAGUACCAACCAAAUGGCUUUGCCUUCACCAAAAGAUAUAA